AUGGCGACUCAGAGGAGUUCUGUCGCUAAAACGGCUGGCUGGCUAUACCAUGAGUCUGGCAUUUCAGCCGUGUGGGCAACUGGUAAAGACGCAUGGCUUAUCAUCCUCUCACGAACAUGUCGCAUGUUCGCCUUCAAAGCCGUUACACUUACCAUAGCUCAAUUUUUCUCCAAAUUGGGGUUCUCCGAUUUUCGCAUUGGCCUGUUCAUGAGCUUGACCCUUCUGGGUGAUGUUUUCCUCGGCUUGAUUGUCACUCUCAUGGCCGAUGGGCUUGGCCGACGAAGAGUUCUCAUUGCAGGCGGAGCCUUGAUGGCCUUUUCAGGCUUGGUCUUCUCCUACUUUGAGAACUUUUGGGUUCUUCUACUGGCUGCCAUCGUCGGUGUCAUCAGUGCCAGCGGUAGCGAUUUCGGGCCUUUCAGAGCCAUUGAAGAGUCCAUGCUGUCUCACAUCACAGACCCCAAGACUCGAGCCGAUGUCUUGGCUUGGUAUAUUACCAGUUCCAGUCUAGGCGCGGCGACGGGGACAGCAUUGGCAGGGCGAUUUGUUGAGAAACUCGCGAACCGGGAGGGUUGGGAUAUUGUAGCAGCGUAUCAUGCUACCUUCUGGGUUUAUGUAUUGAUGGGCGGGUUGAAUGUCGUGUUCGCGCUGCUCGUGAGUAGCAAGACCGAGGCGGUCUAUCAUGAAGAUGCUUCAGAAGCGUCAGAUGAGCUAGCUGAAGGGCUUCUUCGAGAAUCAUCUGAUGAGGACGAAGACACAAGCAGAAGGCCAUCUAUCGCAUCAGACCCCCAAAAACCCACCAGUCGUUUUUCAGGCGUUUCCUCGGGUACCAGAAAUGUCAUGUACCGUUUGUGGUUCCUGCUCACUGUUGACUCUCUGGCCGAUGGCAUGGUCUCAGAAUCUCUAACAACAUACUUCUUGGAUUCCAAGUUUUCUUUGUCCAAAGCUAGACUUGGAGACAUCUUUUCCACGGCGCAGGUCUUGGCCACGAUUUCAACAGUCUUUGCGGGCCCCUUGGCUCGCCACCUUGGCCUCGUCAACACCAUGGUCUUCACUCACCUUCCAUCUUCGAUUUCUGUACUUUUCUUCCCCCUGCCGAGCGGAAUUGUCAUCACAGUCAUACUCCUCUUCAUCCGCAUGGGCCUAAACAACAUGGACCAAGCUCCGAGAGCAGCUUUCAUUGCUGCUGUGGUGAAGCCUGAAGAGCGCACUGCCGUGAUGGGUAUCACGUCGACACUCAGAACGUUGGCCAUGGCUACUGGCCCAUCACUCACUGGAGGACUUGCUGAGAGCGGUAAAUUUUGGAUUGCCUUUGUUGUAGGCGGUGUGUUGCGAAUUAUGUAUGACCUGGGACUGUGGUUCAUGUUCAUCAACAUGAAACUGCAUACUCAUGAAAUUCCGCAAGAGGAGCCGGCGCCUAGAGGGCAGUCAAUCGAUGAAGAAGAUGUAGAGAUGCUACCUCAAUCUAGGGAGAGAAGGCGAUCCGAAGAUGAUUCAGAAUGA